AUGGAAGCCAUGGGAGAAUGGAGCAACAACCUAGCAGGAAUGUACACCUAUGCAACUGAGGAAGCCGAUUUCAUGAACCAGCUCCUCGCUUCCUACGAUCAUCCCGGCACCGGCUCAUCCUCUGGAACAGCCGCUGGGGACCACCAGGGUUUGUAUUGGAACCUUAGUUCUCAUCAAAACCACCUUAGUCUCAUGCCUGAGGCUAGUGGCUUCUGCUUCUCUCAGGAGAGCAGUAGCUACAGCGUCGGGAACAGCGGAUACUACACCGUGGUUCCACCUGCGGCUGAAGAGAACCAAAAUGGGUCAACAGACUUUGGAAUGGAAGAUGUAACCAUCAACACAAACUCUUACCUUGUUGGUGAAGAGACAAGUGAGUGUGACGUUGAGAAAUACUCCUCUGGAAAGACUCUUCUGGCAUUGGAAACCGUUGUGGAGAACCACGAUGACGAGGAGAGCAUGAUGCAAUCCGAAAUCUCUGUGACUACUACAAAUCAUCAGAAACCUCUCACCGGUUCCAAGAAAAGAUCUCGAGCAACGUCAACUGAUAAAAACAAGAGAGCAAAAGUGGGUAAGAGAGGACAGAAGAAUAUAGAGAUGAGUGGUGAUAACAACAAUGGAGGAGAAGAGGAAGAAGGCGAUCAAAAGAUGAAGAAGAGAAAGAAUGGGGCUAUGAUGAGCAGACAGAACUCGAGCACCACUUUUUGUUCCGAGGGAGAAUCAAUCUGCGCUUCUGAAGAUGUUGGAGGAGAAGACGAAGAAGAUGCCUCAAAGGCUCUUAACCUCAAUGGCAAGACAAGAGCUAGUCGUGGUGCUGCCACCGACCCUCAAAGCCUUUACGCAAGGAAAAGAAGAGAAAGGAUCAACGAGAGACUAAGGAUUUUGCAAAAUCUCGUCCCUAAUGGAACAAAGGUUGAUAUUAGUACGAUGCUUGAGGAAGCUGUUCAUUACGUCAAAUUUUUGCAGCUACAAAUUAAGUUAUUGAGCUCUGAUGAUCUAUGGAUGUAUGCACCAAUUGCUUUCAACGGGAUGGACAUUGGCCUUAACUCACCGAGAUGA